AUGGUAGCGUCGUGGACGAAGAUGUUUCUCGUGUCGGGCCUGGUGGCAUGGUCCGCCAUCAGCAGCGCCUGGGGAGCUAUCGACGUGUCACUUAGCGAGGGCGUGGGCGAACAAGGGACUGCAGAGGGGGCUAAUAUUGGUGAGCCCAGCAACCGUCGGAGAGCAGAAGAGGUCAGGGCCCACGGCAAUCGCAACGGGUGCAAAAAAGAUUACCCCUGUGGAACAGGCAGCGAGGAGACGAAGAUUAUCGUGUUUGGAGAUUCGAACUCGGACGCUGGCAGGAGGUUCGACGCACCAAACGUGUAUCCGUUCUCGGACAUUGGGGUGUACCCUUGGGAGAAGGUCUAUGAUGCCGAUGGCGAGGGGAUGGUGGAUGUAUACCAUGAAGGCACUAACACGAACGGAAAGGUGUGGGCGCAGUACCUCAACAUACCCAAUGUGCAAAACUACGCCACCGGGUCCGGCACAGCCACGGACACCUUCCGUUCCCAACAGCUGUGCACUGGAUACACUACCAAAGCAGACAAAGCCAGCAGGCGGACUGGGACUCUCGGCGAGCAGAUGACGAAGUACCUCAAGGACUUCUCGCUGGAAGACGGCAAGAUCGGAUGCAGUAGCGAAUACACUCACUUCAUUGGCAUCGGGAUGAACGACGUCUCCAAUGUGGCUGAAGCCAUGCAACGGACGGCCUUAGCCGAGUAUCUCGGCGUCACCUACACCGAACCGGUUUCCGUUGAUGACAUGAAUUUUGUCACCAUGAUGCAGGGAGUUACAGACGACAUAGUUGCUGCAGUGGCAACCCUGAUCGAGAUGGGCGUGACGGGCCGCAUCCUCGUGCCCAACUUCCCGUCCCCAUUUGGAGUCCCGGCAUUCGAUUCACCUGACGUCUACUACGGUUUAACACUGGCGGAGUUCUACGACCAGUUCAUCACGACGAUGAACACCAUGCUGGAUUUGAAGUUGUCCGCGCUGUCCAGCGCUGGAGAAGAUCAAGUACGCGUGCUCGAUCUAUACAGCCUCAUCGACUCCUCGGUCCAUGACCGCGACAUUUUCAAUGAGGAGGGCUUCAAGACCUCUUCAACUCCCGAGCAGUGCCUGACUUACAACUUCCACGUUGAUUCUUCCACGGAUAUUAUGGGUUCCCAGGCUCAGGCUCUUCGCGGGAAACUUUUCGACUGGGCACAAUGCGACAACUAUGGCCCUACGGAUGAGUGUGUGCUGUGCCAAGACCAGAUGUCGCCUUGCCAGAAUUGCCUGGUAGACCCACCGACAGUCUCUGUGUGCGAUUCCCCCGACGAACACAUAUUCUGGGACGGCUUGCACACGACCGACGCCUUCAACAAGGUCUUCGCGAACGCUGUCUUCGAGUGCUCCAAGGACGAGCUUGACGGCUCCCAGCCUUGGGUGGGCAAGCUCUGUCCCGCUGUAGCUACCGAGUGUAGUGAAAAAGAAUGUUGA